AGAAAAAAGAAAAAGGAAAUUAAGUGAGAAGCCCACAUGUUGAAGUAGAAGUGGUUUGGGUGCGAAACGAGUGGCCCUUCCCUCACACUCUGUUUGCUUAAAAAUGGCUUUUUUAAGCCAGGGUCGCCACCGCCUUCCCCUUCCCCUUCCCCUGGCCUACAAACCCUACCGACCCUCCUCUCCCUCGCCCCAGUUCUGCCGUAAUCGCGUCCCUCUUUCCCCUCUCAAACCUUUCAAGAAUAUCUGGACGGUCCAUGAAUCAUUUUCCCUCUCCCAAUUCGCGAUUCCUGUUCUCCGUUUCCGCCCUAGGAUUUCGGUCGGCGACGCUGAGGAGUGCGCCCAUCGAGAACUGGGAGAUGGGGGCGGGAUUUUGUUGGGUUCCGAGGAUCUGGGGGAUGAGGGCCAAGUGUUCAAGAAGACGCUGCGGCUGGUGGAGUGCGCCAUGUUCGCGUCCGUCGCUGGCCUCGCCUACUUCUUGAGCAACUCUCUUGCUAUCGAGAAUUACUUCAGUUGUUUCUUUUCCUUGCCUAUAGUGAUCUCUUCAAUGAGAUGGGGAGUGGCAGCCGGCAGAAAGACCAUGGUGGCUACAACUAUGCUAUUGCUUACUCUAUCAGGUCCAGUUAAAGCAUCUACGUACAUGCUUAUGCAUGGAGUAGUUGGUCUGGCUAUCGGCACUCUGUGGAGACUUCGUUUUAAUUGGGUUACUUCGAUUGCUCUUUGCACACUUGUUCGUGCACUGGGGGCUGUUGGAUAUGUCUUGUUAUCGUCAUUCUUAAUUAGAGAAAACAUACUUGCCCUGAUCACAAUCAACAUUCAUGCUUCUCUAACAUAUAUACUCACGGCUAUGGGAGUGAAUACAAUCCCAUCGAUGAAUGCCAUAUAUUUAAUCUUUGGUAGCUUGCUCCUCCUGAACUGUGGAUUCUUUGUUCUCUUGCUGCACAUUCUAUAUGCAAUAUUUCUUGCCAAGCUGGGACUAAAGGCUUCUUUGACACUUCCAGCAUGGUUGGAGAAUGCAAUCUAACAGCUGCAGACAACUCUAGUGGCUACAUUAUAUGUGUCCUCAAUAUCCUUGUAUAAUUCAUUCUUCAAUGUAACACAUUCUCAUUGCCAUACUUGAUUAGUACAGGUAGAAGACAAAAUCUUAAAUGCCACACUGGUAGUCACUGUUUUGGGUUAAAUUCUAAAGCACCAUGUAAAGUAGGGUGUGCUAAAUGCUGCCCUCACUGUUCUGUCAACUCUUGGAAUCUACAUGCAUCAGGACGGCUGUUUCUUAGCCAGCAUCAAACU